AGAGCGAUGAUUUUGUCAGAGGAAAAAGUUAUUUGACAUGCACAAACGCGUCGAUUGAGCCCUCUUUUAUUAAAAUCGGAGGUAUAAAUAUGCCCAGCUGCUGUGUACCUGGAUGCUCUAAUCGCACCAGAAAAGGAGUAAAAAUACAUAUGGCUUACUUUCCAAGAGAUCCAGAAAGAAAAAAAGUAUGGAUCACUAAUAUAGGCAAAAUUAAUUGGGAGCCAAGUAAAUAUUCAUAUGUAUGUGAAAUACAUUUCACAAAUGAAAUGUGGGAGAAAGUACGUAUUGAUGGAAAGCGGAAACUAAAAUGCAAUGCUGUGCCUACAAUUUUUUCUACUAAAUUAGUACGAAGUAGUACAUGCAUUACUACAAAUGAUCAAAUUAAUGAAUCUUUGGGAAGACAGCCUGAUGUAACGUUUGAAGCAUUGGAGCAUCAAAUAUUAGUUCAUGAAGACAUUGACGAGAAAAGAAAUGACUGUGAUCAUUCUGGGUCAAAUGUUCCUGAUGUUCCUACACCAAUACCGAAUUUAUCCACUUGUAGUCAUUCAAAAAAAAAAUGCAAUAAAGAAGCUGAUGAAGUAAAAGAGUUAAAGAAACAACUGGAAGAAGCUAACAAAAAACUUGAUUUAGCAAACAAAAUAAUCUUGAAAUGUAACCGAUCCAACGUUCAAUUAAAGAAGCAUAUCAAGAGGUUGACUACAAUGCAAAAGAAUUCAAAGGCUCGACAGUACUCGAAUUUAGAAUCAUCAAUAAAGCGAUUAUUGAAUGAUGAUCAAAUUAAAGUUCUCACGAACCAAUCCUCACGCGUUUGUUCAUGGUCUAACGACACAAUAAAAAGAGCACUUAGACUGAAGUUUUCCUGUGGUUAUAAUGGUUAUCAAGAAUUACGGAAGCAAAACAUGCCUUUACCGUCCGAACGUACACUUCGAAGAAAACUGGAAAAUAUCAAAUUUGAGGAAGGGAUUUGUGAUGAUACUUUUAAAUUGUUAGAAAACAAAGUGUCUCUGUGUAAGGACAUUAGAGAAAGAGAUUGCACGCUUGUGUUAGAUGAAAUAGCUAUUGCACCAAGUGAACAAUUUGAUUCAUCGACAUAGUCAUAUUGUGGAAUUGCAUCUUUUUGUACAUGUAAUGGUAUGUCUUUUAAAAAAUAAGUUGUUAUAAUUUAGUAGUAUGAUUUUUUUUCUCUUGCACAUUACGAUCUAUUAAUUUAUUAAUAUUAAUCUAUUUCUUCGUUUUUUUCUAUUAGCAUUCUUUCCAUUUUCUGCAUUUCUUGUAUCUGUCUCUAUACUUUUUCUAUCUUUUUUCUUGUUUUGUAAUGCAUGUAGGUGAAAAUGCUCAAGCUACGCAUGAUUUGAUGUUUGUUCUUGCUGAAAUUUUUUCACGUUGGAAACAAAAUGUUGAUUUCUAUUUGACACCAGACAGUUAUAACGGAGCAUUGUCGCAUUCUAUCGCAUUUUAAGUUAUUCAAAAAGCUGAACUAUCGGACUUUAUGUACAUAUCAUUGUAAACGAUAUGGGACCGAAUAAUUUAGCGAUGUGGCGUAAAUUUCUUAUGAGCUUUACUGGACGCUAUUUAACACUAAUGAACUCAAUUAUCCUUCCUACUGAUAGUAACCGUAAGUUUUGAUUUAUUCUGACUCUGGCCAUCUUUUAAAAAACCUAAAAUUCUGUUUAUUUAAUAACAAAACUAUUACUUUGCUAACGAAUUUCAUGAGUACAAAUAAUCUUUGUUCUCCUGUGGUUGAUUGCGCGCACAUAAAAGAACUUGUUGACUUUUAAGAAAAUUUACAAUUAAAAUUAAUAAUAAAAAUUAAACGAUUUUUCUAAUGGCACUUUUAACAAAAUGAAAGUUGUUAAAACCAAAAAUUUUGUCCCGAAAUGUUAGUGCUAGUUUAAACUUUCUGGCAAUGCAAAAUGCCAAAAAAAAUUUCAGAUAACAGCCUUGUUCAUUGAAGACGCCUCAAAAUGGUUUACAUUAGUGACUUCACGUGCUCAAGUGAUGUAGUCAAAACAUCUCAUUAAGGAAAAUCUCAGGUAAUGAAUUAUCUGAAAAUAAGUUUCAAAUAUUAGUUGCGUUUUUAGAGUCUAGAAUUAUUUAUAGAAUUAUUUCAAGAAAUGAUAGUUGGAAAUGGUGCGCAGAAUUAAAAUUUAUACAACGUGGAGUUAUUAUUAUUACCAAGUCUAUCAUCUAAUUGUCGACGUACUAAAUCGAUGAAAAAGGCUAUGAAUAUGUUCUAACAGACUAUCUGAUUGUGUGGAAAAUAUAUUUUCUUGUGUUAGAGCUAACAACCCAGCCCGAAUGCUUUACAAUUUAAACAGAAUUUAAAGCGAUAUCAAAAUAUUUAAAGGCAGUCGGUAAUUCUAGCUAUAAAGAAAAUGAUAGAGUUAUUACUGGUGAUUUUUUAACUAAACCUAUAAAGCAAGAAAAAUUAAAAAAAUGUCACUUGUACCUAAUUUUCUUAUAAAAGACAAACUUAGGAGACGUUGAAAUCAAUGGCUCUUAUUCUGAAUCCUUUUUUAUCGUUAAAAGUGCUUUAAAUGUAGUUUCUCAGCCAAUCAGGUGGCUCCUAAGCCUUUUUUAGAGGUUCAUUUAUCAUUAAAAGAGAACUUAGAAUACGGGCCAAUAUGUUAUACUACAUCGCUACAUACAUUCUUUCCCGUAUUACAAAAUAUAACAUUUUAUGCAAA